AUGCCCCGAAAAACUCAAAAAGUGAACCCCGGGGUUAGGAGAUAUGGACUAAAAAGUAAUUAUACCUCUGAAACGCUCGAAGAAGCCCUCAGUAAAAUUCGUUCAGGUGCCAUGUCUAGACUCGCUGCUUCAAAGUUUUACAAAAUACCCGCGGUAACCCUUUUUUACAAAUUAAAAAGUAAACACAUAAAACCAGUUGGUAAACCUGUUACUUUUAGUAAAGACGAAGAAACUAGCUUCAAGGCUCAUUUGUUGCUGCUAAGCGAUCUCGGCAUACCUAUGAGUAUGAUGGACUUCAGAUUUGUAGUAAAAAACUACUUAGAUAGCAACAAUAUGACAAAGCCACAAUUUAAAAACAACCUUCCAGGUUAUGAAUGGGGUGUAUUGUUCUUAGAAAGAAACCCAGAAUUAAAAACAAAAAUAGCUUAUAACAUAUCCCGAAAGAGGGCUCAAGUCACACGAGAAAUGGUCGAGGAAUUCUUUGAACAUAUUAAAACGGAAAUAGAAGGAGUCCCACCAGAAAAUAUAUAUAACAUGGAUGAGUCAGGUUUUCAUGACGACCCUGGAAAGAAAAAGUUGCUUUUCCGUAGAGAUUCUCGACAUCCCGAAGUUAUAAAAAAUACCAGUAAAUCGUGUUACACUGUGGUCUUUUGUGCAAAUGCUGGUGGCGAAGUUUUGCCUCCUUUUUUUAUAUUUAAAGGAAAGAGACUGUGGUCAGAUUGGCUUUUUCAAGCUCCUUCAGGUUCAAGAAUGGCUGUGUCUGAAUCUGGAUGGAUAGAUUCUUCAAUCUUUGAGGAGUGGUUGGAAAAACAUUUUAUUCCACACGUUGAUAAGCAAAAUGGCAAGAAGGUAUUGUUGUGCGAUAAUCUCAGCGCCCAUAUAUCACCAAAAGCAUUACGUCUUUGCAGUGAACAUAACAUUACGUUUAUUUGCUUACUACCAAAUUCAACCCACCUGUUGCAACCACUAGAUGUGGGUUAUUUUUCUGGCUUAAAAACUUCAUGGAGAAAAGUUCUCAAUGAUUAUCGACAGACUAAUAAAGGAAAAAAAGUACAAGCACUGCCAAAGUCUCUCUUUGCUCAGCUGCUCAAAAAGUCUCUAAAUAAUAUUGAAGGUACGUCAUCUGAUAAUGUGAAAGCCGGAUUUCAGAGCUGUGGCUUGCAACCAUUUUCACCUUCUACCGUUUUGAACAAAUUACCAAGGUACACGUCUCAGGCAGAUGUUUGCGAUUCUAUUGGUACAAGUUUCAUAAACUACAUAGAAGAAAUAAGGCAAGGAGAUUCGCAUGUGAAGAAAGGAAGAAAAUUUCAAUUACCUGUUACGGCUGGGAAAAGCGUUUCGGCUGAGGAGGUCGAAAAAUAUUAUGAAGAAAGAGACAAUACAAACAAAAGUAUAGGACUAAAGGGAGCUGAAAGCGACGCGCAAACCAAGAAAAAAGGACGACCCCCUGGGUUCUAA